AAAAAGUGUCUGGGAGGUUCUAUAAGGACACGUGUGUAAAUAUAUAUACAUAUAUAAAUAUUUAUAUAUAUAUAUGUAACAUAUCCGCACGUGCCCAUGAGAGUGCAUAGGAAUAUAUACACGUGCCCAUGGGAGUGUAUAGGACACACAUGUGUAUGUUUGUGUACCUGUGUUCCUGCGAUGUCACCCUUCCCAUUGCCUGCUCCUAACCUUUUUCCAAUCCUUGCUCCAUGUCCCUUCCCAGUCCCUGAUCCAUGGUCCUUCCACCUGCUCUGUGACCCUCCCCUGUUCCCAAGUCUCUGCUCCCAAGCCCUUCCAUUCCCUGCUCCCUGCCCCAUCACAUCCCAUUGAUCCCAUUCAGUGGAUCCCAUUCAAUCCCAUCCUAUCCCAUGGAUCCCAUCCCAUUUCAUUGCAUCUAAUCCCAUCCCAUAUAUCCCAUCCCAUCCCAUCCCAUAUAUCCCAUCCCAUCCCAUCCAAUGGAUUCCAUCCUAUCCAAUGGAUCCCAUCCCAUUCCAUUGCAUCCCAUUCCAUCCAAUGUAUCCUAUCCCAUCCCAUGGGUCCCAUCCUAUUCCAUGCAUCCCAUCCCAUUUCAUUGCAUCCCAUCCCAUGGAUCCCAUUCCAUCCCAUCCCAUCUCAUCCCAUCCCAUGGAUCCUAUUCAAUGGAUCCCAUUCAAUCCCGUCCCACUGCAUGGAUUCCGUCCCAUCCAAUGGAUCCCAUCCCAUGGAUUCCAUGGAUAACUUUUCCCAUUUCCCUGGUCCCAGAGGGGCAGCAAGCAGGCUGGCACCCCCGCAGACAAUCCCCAUGGAUCCCAUGCCAUGGGUAACUCUGUUUUUGCCCUGUCAGAGGGGCAGCAAGCAGGCUGGCACCCCCGCAGACAAUUACCAGCUGGCGCGGCGCCGCACGCUGCAGGUGGUGGUGAGCUCGCUGCUGACCGAGGCCGGCUUCGAGAGCGCCGAGAAGGCGGCGGUGGAGACGCUCACCGAGAUGAUCCAGAGCUACAUCUCGGAGAUCGGCAGGAGCGCCAAGUCCUACUGCGAGCACACGGCCAGGACCCAGCCCACGCUCUCGGACAUCGUGGUGACCCUGGUGGAGAUGGGCUUCAACGUGGAAACCCUUCCAGCCUACGCCAAGCGUUCCCAGAGGAUGGUGAUCACUGCCCCUCCAGUGACAAACCAGCCCGUGACCCCCAAGGCCCUGACAGCCGGGCAGAACAAACCUCACCCACCCCACAUUCCUGGCCAUUUCCCAGAGUUCCCAGAUCCUCACACCUACAUCAAGACACCAACGUACCGCGAGCCGGUGUGCGAUUACCAGGUGCUGCGCGAGAAGGCGGCGUCGCAGCGCCGGGACGUGGAGAGGGCCCUCACCCGCUUCAUGGCCAAGACAGGCGAGACCCAGAGCCUCUUCAAGGACGAUGUCAGCACCUUCCCACUGAUUGCUGCCAGGCCCUUCACCGUGCCCUACCUGACGGCGCUGCUGCCCUCGGAGCUGGAGAUGCAGCAGAUGGAGGAGACGGAUUCCUCGGAGCAGGACGAGCAGGCGGACACCGAGAACCUCCCGCUGCACAUGAGCACGGACGACGCAGGGCCCGAGAAGGAGAACAGCUCCGUGCUGCAGCAGAGCAGCUCCCUGGCAGGCAGCAGGAACGGCGAGGAGAACGUCAUCGACAACCCCUACCUGAGGCCCGUCAAGAAACCCAAAAUCCGCAGGAAGAAGUGAGGGGGGGACGUUCCCCAAAUUCCCCUGGGGGGCUCCCCCGGGGCUCAGGAGAGGCUGCCCAGCUGAGGAGGGGUCUCUGGGCCCCGCUCCCACCCGGCUCUCCCUCUGCUCACUGGCCCAGGAGAACCAGCUGGGAAUUGUCUGGGGGGGCUUUGGGCUCCGCUCUGGGGGGGUUUCAUUGCUGAGGAGCUGAGAGAGCCUGGGCUUGGAGGGGCUGGGCUUGGGUUUGGAGAACACAGGGGCUGGAUUUGGAUUUGAAUUUGGAUUUGGAUUUGGAGAACACAGGGGCUGGAUUUGAAUUUGGAUUUGGAUUUGGAGAACACAGGGGCUGGAUUUGGAUUUGGAUUUGGAUUUGGAGGACACAGGGGCUGGAUUUGGAUUUGGAGGACCAAGGGAUUGGAUUUGGAGCACCCAAGGGUUGGAUUUGGAGGACACAGGAGCUGGAGCUGAGGGAUCCAGGGCUUGGAGGGACUGGGCUUGGGUUUGGAGGACCCAGGGGUUGGAUUUGGAUUUGGAGAACACAGGGGCUGGAUUUGGAUUUGGAUUUGGAUUUGGAGAACACAGGGGCUGGAUUUGGAUUUGGAUUUGGAUUUGGAGAACACAGGGGCUGGAUUUGGAUUUGAAUUUGAAUUUGGAUUUGGAUUUGGAUUUGGAGAACACAGGGGCUGGAUUUGGAUUUGGAGGACCAAGGGAUUGGAUUUGGAGGACACAGGAGCUGGAGCUGAGGGAUCCAGGGCUUGGAGGGACACAGGGGUUGGAUUUGGACUUGGAGAACCCAGGGGUUGGAUUUGGAUUUAGAGGACACAGGAAUUGGAUCUGGAUUUGAAUUUGGAUUUGGAGAACACAGGGGCUGGAUUUGGAGGACCAAGGGAUUGAAUUUGGAUUUGGAUUUGGAUUUGGAUUUGGAGGACCAAGGGACUGGAUUUGGAGGAACCCAGGGGUUGGAUUUGAAGGACACAGGGGUUGGAUUUGGAUUUGGAGGAUCCAGAGUUGGAUUUGGAGGACACAGGAGUUGGAUUUGGGGACCCGGGGAUUGGGAUUGGGUUUGGAUUUGGAGGACCCAGCCUUUAUUUCCCCCCUUUAUUCCCUUUAUUUCCCCCCUUUAUUUCCUUUAUUUCCCCCCUUUAUUUCCCCCUUUAUUCCCUUUAUUUCCCCCCUUUAUUCCCUUUAUUCCCUUUAUUUCCUCCCUUUAUUCCCUUUAUUCCCCCCCUUUA